CUCUCUCUGUCUCUGUCUCUGUCUCUGUCUCUGUUUCUCUCUCUCUCUGUAUCUUUCUCUCUCUCUGUCUCUCACACAGGUGAUAUUCUCAGUGUCUGACUCACCCUACUCUUCUGACCCAGCUAAUCUCCCACUCUAGGGGGAGGAGAGGGGAGGCGACAGGGAGAGAGACACGGUGCGGUGACAGAGAGAGAGAGAGAUAGAAAAACAGAGAGAGAGAGAGGGAGGGAAAACACUGGGAAGAGAAGCAGACGAAUAAAGAAUGAAGGAAUAAAGCGGAAAUAAGGGAGAGAGUGAGGGAGAGAGAGAGGGAGGGAAACAACAGAGGAACAGACAAGAUAAAGAGAGAUGAAGAAAAAAUCGUAACAGGAGCGGUUUUUGGACAACCUGCGAGAAAGAAAAGAAAGAAAGAGGAGGAGCUUAAGGAGACGGAGAGAGAGAAGACUACAGACUACAGUCUGAAGUAGACCAUGGUAGAUUUGUUCCUAGGUCGUUCACUAGUAUGUAACAACAGAGACCGUGUUGAGUACGAUACGGAACGGGAGGUCAUCCUCCGUCUCCAGAACCGGAUCCUGCUCCUGUUCUUCGGUUCAGUAGACAGCCAACGGUGCCAGGAGUUUGUCCCCACACUUAAGGACUUCUUCAAGCGUCUAACAGAUGAGUUCUACGUGGAACGCUCCGCCCAGUUGGUCCUUCUGUACAUCAGCCUGGACCAAUCAGAGGAGCAGCUGGAGAACCUCCUCAAAGAGCUGCCCAAGAAAUGCCUGUUCCUGACCCACAAUGACCCCUAUCGCAGAGAGCUGGAGUCUAUGUUUGAGGUGGAGGAUGUACCGAGGGUGGUGGUGCUGCGUCCAGACUGUUCUGUUCUAUCUCCCAACGCUGUCUCUGAGAUAAGCAGCCUCGGAACCAACUGCUUCCACAACUGGCAGGAAUCAGCUGAGCUUAUCGACAGGAACUUCAUGCUGAACGAGGAGUUUGACGACAAAAAGAUGCGGAGCGUCACCGACCCGAUACGCCGCCUCAAAUACAAGGUGAAGAAGAAGAAGAGGAGGAGGCAGUGGGGGUGGGGGGGUGGCGGAGCCGGAGAGGAUGAGGAGGACGAGGAGGAUGAG